AUGAAAGUAUGCGUGCUGCAACCAGAUUAUUCUACAUCUUCUGUAGAUUACAAAAACUAUGAUCCGCCACGCAAUAUCGCUUCGCUGCUGCCCAACGAUACCGUAGACAAUGUCUUCCUGAGCAAGCUGCAUACUUAUCGCCAGCUGAAAGAAUUGAAAAAUAAGGGCUAUGAUAUUUUCGUAAACCUUUGUGAAGGUUACCUGGAAUGGGACGUGCCUUCCAUUGAUGUAGUCUAUACACUUGAACUGCUGAACCUGCCGCAUACCGGUCCCUCUUCUCUAUUAUACGAUCCGCCAAAAGAACUGAUGAAAUACGUGGCUUACACAGAAGGCGUAGCCACCCCGCCCUAUGUACUGGUAGAAAAUAUGCAGGAUGUAGAGACAGCUAUUGAGCAACUGCGCUUCCCCCUUUUUGUAAAGCCCGCCAAAGCCGGCGACAGCUUGGGCGUAGAUGAGCACUCUUUGGUGAAAAACAAACAGGAAUUGAAACAGAAAGUAGCAGAGAUCAUUAAUGAAUAUGAACAAUUGCUGGUGGAAGAAUAUAUCAAAGGCCGCGAGUUUACCGUACUGAUAGCCGCUAACCCGGAGAACGAAAAGGAAUCCACAGUCUUCAAACCCAUAGAAUUUGUUUUUCCAAAAGGUAACCAGUUCAAAACCUAUGCUCUUAAAACAUCUGAACUGCAUCCCAACAGCAAUAUUCCGUGCAAGGAUCAAAUCAUAGAUGAGCAGUUGCGGCAAUCUGCCCAACGCAUUUUCCGCAGUUUUGGUGGCGUAGGCUAUGCAAGAAUGGACUUCAGAAGAAACGACCAGGGAGAGCUCUUUUUUCUGGAAGUGAAUUUUACCUGUUCUGUUUUCUAUACAGAUGGCUACGAGGGCUCUGCCGAUUAUAUCCUGAAACACGAUGGCAUUGGCCAGGCCGGCUUCCUGAAACAUAUCAUAGCUGAGGGUAUUGCCCGCCAUGCCCGGAAGCAGCAAAAAUACCAGAUGAAGGGCAAUGCCAUUGCCGGUUUUGGAAUCUAUGCCAAUCGUUUAAUAAGGCGUAAAGAACUGGUUUUCAAAGGAGAAGAGAAACCCCAACGUUUGGUUACCCGCCGUUUUGUUGAACAAAACUGGCGCCCCGAAGAAAAAGAAAUCUUCCGCCGCUAUGCAUAUCCCGUCAGUAAUGAGGUAUUUUUGCUGUGGGACGAUAACCCGUCAGGCUGGGCUCCUCAAAACCACAGCUGCGAACCCAAUACCAGCUACGAAGGGCUGAAUAUUGUAGCACUUCGUGAUAUUGAGAAAGGAGAAGAAUUAACACUUGAUUACGCCUCUUUUCUUGAUGACGAACACAUGGAGCCUUUUCAUUGCCGUUGCGGCACUGCCGCCUGUCGGGGUCUUAUUACCGGUAAAGCGCAUAAUUCGGUUACCGUUCGUGAGCAAGCAAUCGCCGGAGCUUAA